AUGUUUUGCUAUAAAUCGGUAACGAUCUACGGGUCGAAACUUAAUCAAAUUGACACAAUUAAGCAGUACGUAGUAGCAAACAUGCAAUCCGCUGAUCAGCUCCUACAAGUUGAAGCUCAAACUUCAGAGUACAUUUCGAGUUGGAUGCGUCUUUCAUGUAUAAAAUGCGCAAUUGAAUUAGGAAUUCCUGAUAUCCUUCACAAACAUGCCAAUCCCUUCAUGACUCUAUCUGACCUUAUUGCUGCUUUGCCAAAUUUGAACCCUUCUAAGGCUCCCUUUAUUCCUAUUCUAAUGCGACUUUUAGUUCAUUCUGGCCUUUUCAACUACCACCAACAAGGAGACGGCUAUUCACUCACCAGUGAUGGUCGUCUCCUUGUUGAAAAUGACCCCUUCAGCAGGAGGUCACAUCUCCUUUUCACCCAACAUCCUGUUAUGCUAAAUACAUUUGCUUCCAUAAGCGAUUGGUUAUGCAAUGAUCUUCCCACUGCCUUUGACACGGCACAUGGGAAAUCCCUUUGGGAUUAUUGCGCUGGAGAGCCAGAGUUCGGUAAUAUUUUCAACGAUUUAAUGGCUAGUGAUUCGAGAUUAUUGGUCUCAAAUCUGUUGAUUUCUGAUUGUUGUAAGCGUGUUUUUGAGGACUUGACCUCGUUGGUGGACGUUGGAGGCGGCACGGGCACUCUGGCCAUGUCUAUUGCCAAUGCUUUUCCUAGCUUGAAGUGCAUUGUGUUCGAUAUUCCUCAUGUUAUAGGUGACCGAAAGGGAACAGGAAACAUGGAAUUUGUUGCUGGGAAUAUGUUUGAUAAAAUUCCUCAUGCUAAUGCAAUCUUACUCAAGUGGAUUUUGCACAAUUGGAGUGACCAAGAUUGUGUGAACUUACUGAAGAAAUGCAAAGAGUCAAUUCCAAGUAAGGAGAAGGGAGGGAAAGUGAUCAUCAUAGACAUUGUAAUGAAUGAUAAUUCUAGCAAUGAGCAGCUUGUUCAAGCACAACACUUGAUGGACUUUAUGAUGAGGAUUAUUCAUGCUUCCAAAGAGAGAACUAAGAAGGAAUGGGAAAAACUCUUCCUAGAUGCUGGUUUUAGUGCAUACAAAAUAAUAACCUCUCUUGGCCUGAGGUCUCUAAUUGAAAUCUAUCCAUAAACAAGACAU